CGUACCACGUACUUUGUAGUGACCCAUCAUCGAAUCGAUUGUUUUGUUUCACAACAAGCAAAAAGAAUCUAGGGUUCGUUUCACAGUGUAUUAUUAAACAUUAAUUGUUAAAUUUCGGUGAUUUUAAUUAUAAUGAAGUUUCAAUAUAAGGAGGAGCAUCCAUUUGAAAAGAGGAAAUCCGAAGGAGAAAAAAUCAGAAGGAAAUAUCCUGACAGGGUACCUGUAAUCGUUGAAAAGGCACCGAAAGCUCGCAUUGGAGAUGUUGACAAGAAAAAGUAUUUGGUCCCAUCUGAUUUGACAGUGGGACAGUUUUAUUUUUUGAUCAGAAAGAGGAUCCAUUUGAGGCCUGAAGAUGCAUUAUUUUUCUUUGUAAAUAAUGUUAUUCCUCCCUCAUCCGCGACAAUGGGAUCUUUAUAUCAGGAGCAUCACGAAGAAGACUUCUUUUUGUAUAUUGCCUAUUCCGAUGAAAAUGUGUAUGGAGCUGAUAAAUUGUAAAGUAAUAAUUUAGCAUGAUUAUUACCUUAAUGUAACAAUACAAUACACAGAAAUAAUUUUCAGUUGUUUCUUUUUUUUAAUGAUUUGUGUAUAUUUUAAGUGAUAACUACAUAUAUGACGUUAAAACAGUGUUUAGUUUUUGGGUUUCAAUUAAGGGUACUUUAAUAAAAUAAUAUAUGUGCACAUAUAAGUGAUAAGCUAAAAUUAGUUUCAUUAACGGUUUUUAAGCUUGCAUCAAAGAUGUUGCUUUAAUUUUUGAUGGAAACGUUUAAAAACGGAUUUAGCAAUUAGAUGUAAAAAAGUAUUUAAUGUGAUAAAAAAUAUAUAACUAAAAAUCCA